AUGAGCUUUGAAUGGUCAGAUGGGAGUGCAGUUACCUUUACAUCUUGGCAUCCUUUUGAACCCAACAACUUUUGGGACAGCAUGGAGGAUUGUGUGACUAUCUGGGGACCGGAGGGAAAAUGGAACGACAGUCCAUGCAACCAGACCCUGCCAUCAAUCUGUAAGAAACCUGGAUUAGUCACACAAGGGAGCUCUGAGGACAAUCAUGGGUGCCAAAAGGGCUGGAAUUGGCACAGUCCCUCUUGCUACUGGUUGAGUGAUGACCAAAUCACGUACAAUGAAGCUGUCAAGUCCUGCUCUGACCGCAGCUCUAGACUGGUCACUGUGCAGAACAGGUUUGAGCAGGCAUUUGUUAAUAGUCUUCUGUAUGGAUCAGACGGAAGCUAUUACUGGACAGCAUUGCAGGAUCUGAACCGCACUGGAGUAUUCACUUGGUACAAUGGUGAUGAAGUAACUUACACCCACUGGAAUCGGGAUGAACCUGGCUAUGAUAAAGGGGGAUGUGUUGUGUUGGCUACAGGACGCUCUCUUGGUCUUUGGGAGGUAAAGGACUGCGUUACAUUCAGUGCAAAGUACAUCUGUAUGCAGAGCCUGAUCCCAAUGAUCCCUCUGUUGCCUGCAGCUCGGCCCACACCCAGCCUUAACGGAAGCUGCCCAGAUGGCUGGAGCUCUGCACCAAAUCUAAGGCAUUGCUACAAGGUGUAUCAUUCGGAGAAGCUACAAGAGAAAAAGUCUUGGAUUUCAGCUCAGCAGUCCUGCCGAGAAAUUGGGGCUCAGCUGCUCAGUGUCUCCAGUGUAGGAGAAGAACACUAUGUGGCUCAUUUACUGAACAAAAUAUUUGGUGAAUCUGACCCGGAAAGUCAUGAGCAGCACUGGUUUUGGAUUGGUCUAAACCGCAGAGAUCCCAGCGGUGAUCAGAGUUGGGUCUGGAGCGAUGGACAGGGGUAUUCCUAUCACAACUUUGACCGCAGCUAUCAAGACAAUGAUGAUAUAAGAAGGUGUGUGGUGCUGGAUCUGUCAUCUUUACAGUGGGUGGCUAUUGAGUGUGACUCUCAGAUGGACUGGAUUUGCAAGUUACCUAAAGGUACAGACAUCAAAGAACCAGAAGUUCCAAAAGGAAACACAGAGUGGAUCAGAUUUGAGAGCGCAGAGUAUAAAUUCUUUGAGCAUCGAUCCACAUGGCAGCAGGCUCAGAGAAUCUGCACUUGGUUUGGGGCUGAGCUAACAUCUGUUCACAGUCCAGCAGAGCUGGACUUUAUAGUGCAGAACCUACAGAAGUCUCUUCGAGUUCAAGAGCAGCACUGGUGGAUCGGACUGCACACGUAUGAAAAUGAUGGGAGAUUCAGAUGGUCAGACAAGACUGUACUCAAUUUCGUAAACUGGGCUACUGGUCGGAUAGGCCGCAUUUCCAGAGAGAAGAAAAUGUGUUUAUAUGACAGCAGUUAGAGGAGAAUGGGGUGAUCAGAAAUGCAUCACUGCUUUGCCUUAUAUAUGUAAACGAACCAACAGCACACUGCCACCACCCACCUUACCUCCGCUCUCCCCACCCAGUGUGGGUGGCUGCCCUAAGACCUGGCUACCUUUCAUGAACAAGUGUUUUGGAGUGAGAGCGGAUGGUAAGGGUGAGAGUAGGACGUGGCAACAAGCUCGAGAGUUCUGCAAAGUCCUAAAUGGAGAGAUUGCUACAAUUGACAACUACUUAGAACAGGCUUUUAUUACAUCCAUACUUCCCAACAUCACUUCUGACCUCUGGAUUGGUCUGAACAAUAGACAGCAGAGAUUCCAAUGGGAAGAGGGUCAGCCUCUGGCAUAUGUGAACUGGGCACCAGGGGCACCAUCCAGAGAGAGCUCUUCCAAUGGCAAAAUGAUUAGUUGUGCUGCGAUCUGGCAUGGACCUCAACCACAGUUCACCGGGCGAUGGGACGACAAACUGUGUACAGAAAAGCAUGGAUACAUCUGCCAGAUCAGCAAAGUGCCCUCUCUGAGCCCAGCAUCCGAGCCAUUUCCAUUUCCACCUAGCACCAGACUCCAAUACAGGAACAGCUCUUACCUCAUUCUGCAAAAACCAAUGUCUUGGACUGAAGCUCGCCUGCUGUGUGAGACUCGUAAUGCCACCUUAACAAGCAUCCCAGACGCCUACCAACAAGCAUAUUUGACCCUUGCAGUAACCGGGCAGAAGACCCCUCUUUGGAUUGGGCUGUCGAAUGAAGAGGGUGGGCGAUCCUACUCUUGGCUAACAGAUGAUGGGACUUCAUAUAUCAACUGGAGGGAUGGAGAGCCACAACGUCUGAGUGGCUGUGUAUAUAUGGAUGCCCAAGGAACAUGGAGCACAGCAAACUGUGAUCAUAAACUACCUGGAGCAAUUUGCAGCUACAACACUCAAUCUACCAAAACUCAUAAGUGGAGUUUCAACAGCAGCUGCCCGAAUUCAAUAGGUGAUUCCUCUUGGAUCCCAUUCCGUGACUACUGCUACUUCUUCCAUAUGGAGGUCAACAUUAGCCAAAAGGAUGCUGCCAAAACAUGCCAGAAAGUUGGUGGUGACGUUUUGACCAUUGUAGAUGAGACAGAAAACCUUUUCGUCUGGGAACACCUGCAGACAUAUGAAAGCCAGACAAAAGGAGCAUGGCUUGGCAUGUCCUUUAGUAUCAAAGAAGGCUCACUUUUGUGGAAUGAUAACACACCAGUCAAUUACUCAAACUGGGGUCAGCAAGACUCGGGUCCUAGCUUGCUGAGUCCGAAUUCCUGUUACUGGAUUGAAGGCAGCAAUGGAGUUUGGGGUCUGGGCUCUUGUACCAAUGUCAGAAAGGGGGUUAUAUGCAAACUGUCCAGAGCGGAGGAAGAGAACAUUUCUAAAUCUAUUUUACCACCACACAGCACGGCAGUGGCAAUAGUGGUCCUCUCUACCUUUGCCCUUUGCAUCUUAGUGGUUGUAAUCAUCUACCUGUACCGGCGCAGAAAACUUGCAGCAGAACAAGGAGCAUUCGAAAGUGCAAGAUACAGCCGUGCCAGUACUGGGCCGGGAGGAUCAGCUGAUAAGAACAUACUGGUGUCAGACAUGGAAAUGAAUGAACAGGAAUAA